AUGACUGAGAAUGUGCGAGUUUCUUCGGAAUUGUCAAAGCAAAGUAUUCAGUCACGGUUUGAAGUUGAUUUUGAUAAGAAAAUCAUUCCCGAUACACCGCCGAACACCAUUCAAGGAUUUGUGGUUCAUAUGAAAUGUGAUCGUUUCAUGGAAAUUUUUCGUGAUGGCGACCAUGCUAUAAUGUUUCGAGAUAAUAAUUUCUGGCUUUUUAUCGAUAACAAUAUUGAUGUGAAUGUUAGCGAUGCACUUGCUCAAUACAGAUCAACAUUUAAAGAGCUUAAUGCAUUGCCGUUGAGUGAUUUGUUUAUUGCGAAGCAAACUGAAUACUUGCCAAUGCGUUGGAUACUUUUCGAUGCAUAUAAAAUAGAUUACGGCAAUGAUAUUGAUAUUUAUCCAAAUGGAAUAAUUGAAACCAGUGCAAAUGGUACUUUGAUGCUAAGUGGAUUGAAUGUGUUUGCGAGACGAAGACAAAAUCUCAAAGGGCUUUCGAUCCCUUGUGGCUUAGUGAUUGCAUAUCCAGAGAAAUUCACCUAUGUUGAUGAUCCAGUGACAAAUCAUAUUGACAUCUUCACCAAAGCAUACAUCAAACUGGCUCAGAAUCUUCGUGAAGAUUUAAAUAUCGAUUGUCAAGUCAUACAAGUGGAUAAUUACGGAUAUUUGGAAAACGGUACGUUCUCUGGCAUUAUGGGAUUAUUUCAAAGGAAAAAAAUUCGCAUGGCUUUACACGCCUUUACAAUGCGCCCAGAACGUCUGCUUUUCACUGAUUUUGCUGGAAACAUAUUCAAACCAAGAACGCCAUUGAUUUUUCGACAGCCACCAUUAAGUACUGCUUCGAAUAUCUAUGUAUUAACUCUUGCAAUGGACUUUCUGCAUCCAUUAAUUCGUUCGACAUUCCACUCGUUUGAUGUAUUGACAUUUAUUCUGGGCGCUUUGUGCCAACAGGGUUCUCACUUGAGUAUUCCAACCAUUUCCGGCAGGUUAUUUGUUUUGACCACUUUUCUCUCAAUGUUAGCUCUUUUCACAUCUUACUCCGCGAGCAUUGUUGCAUUAUUGCAAAGCCCUAGCGAUUAUAUAAAAACAUUAGACGACUUGAUAGCGUCCCCAAUGAAGGUGGCUAUUCAGGAAUCAGGCUACGCCCACUUUUAUGUAACAACGAACUAUUCGGGAAUAAGCGAACUUUAUGAGAAAAAGAUAAAGCCACAUGGUUCCAAAGGAUGGAUCUAUGAUCCUUUUGUCGGUAUUGAGAGGGUUCGCAAAGAAUUAUUUGCGUUUCAAGUGGACAGCCCUUCGGCUUACAAAGCAAUUGAUAAAACAUUCUCAAAUGCAGACAAAUGUAGCUUAAAGGAAUUUCAAGUGAUCGUUUUGCAAUCGUAUACAAUUCCUGUCGAGAAGAACAGUGGAUACAAGGAACUGGUAAAACAAAGAGUUACGUGGCAAAAAGAGGUUGGUUUAUUGCAACGCGAAGAAAUACGAUGGAUUCGAAAGAAGCCAGAAUGUGAAACGGGUCAAGCUGAAUUCAUUCCCGUUGAUAUGAAUGUCAUUAAGCCGGUGAUCAUUCUAUUAUUAAUUGGCUAUGUUUUGUCUAUAAUUGUUGCAUUAUCGGAACGAAUUUAUUGGUCGUUGAAGACAAAACGUCAAAUUAUACUGAUUGUCCCAUCAGGUUGGAGAAAAUCCAGCCAAUAA